AUGGGGGCUCACGUCAGGCUCUUGGAGUCAUUCACACGCGUAGUCCCGUUCUUUCCGCACCCACAUCGUUUUGGCAAAUACUUCAUUCCGCAAAUCCAUUCUUCCCGCCACAUCACAUUUCGUUCCAUUCUUUGCCCAUCCCCGUUGGUCUUUGAACCCCAUUGGUUCCCCAUCCGCCAGUCGCGGAUCGGAUCGCUCCUCGGGAAGCACGGCGUGAUCAUUCAGAGCAUUCGCGAAUCCACCGGGGCGCGCCUGAAGCUCGCGGAUCCCAUCCCCGGCACGGACGAACGCGUUAUAAUCAUCUCCGCUCGUAGCGACAAGAACUUUCGCAGCGGCGACCCUGCGAUCGACGGCGACGCGGCUGUGGAUCGCCCGGACGACUGGUCCGUCGCACAGGAAGCCCUGAUUCGCGUGCAUGCGAGGAUCGCCGACGCGGAUGGCGACAAUCGCGAGUUUCGCGACAAGGAUGGGGCAGAGGGUGGUGCUAAUAACGGAGGUGCCAAUAGCGGAGGGACCCCGGCGAGGCUGCUCGUGCCGAGCAGUCAGAUCGGGUGUCUUCUGGGGAAGGGCGGUUCGAUCAUCGCGGGCAUGCGGCAGGACAGCGGCGCGCACAUCAGAAUCUUCAAUAAGGACAAACUGCCGCCCUGCGCGCUGCCCACGGACGAGUUGGUGCAGGUACGCGGUCUUAGAGGCGCCUACAUUCUCGAGUUAGCGCAGGUGACAGGCGAGUAUCCUGUGGUCCAGAAGGCCCUAGAGCUCAUCUCUAUUCGCCUCCGUCGCUCGCCUCCUCGCGACCCGCCCAACUUCCUCGCCAUGCACCCCACGUCUGGUUACCACCAGCCUGCUGGUUACCAGCCGGCGCCUGGUUACCAGGCGUCGGGUUACCAUCGGGGGGCUGAUUCGUACCCCUCUCGCUCCGCCCCAGCUACGGCCUUUCCCCCACAAGGCUACUCCACCUACGCUCCCCCUCAAGUCUACGCACUGGCCUCGUCCCCCUUUGCUGGAGCGUGGGGCGCGGGCGCGGGCGCAGCAGCAGGGGGAGCGCACGGUUAUGGGGGGAUGGGGGGCGGGGGGAGGGGAGGGGGAGGGGCGGGGGAGGGGGCGGCGGUGGAGAUGGAGCUGCGGGUGCUGUGCCCCGCGGAUAGAGUGGGGAUUGUGAUUGGCAAGGGCGGGUCGCGAAUUAAGCAGGUGUGUGUGCUGGAAUCGUUUUUUGAGGAGUUCGCGCCUAGGAAUAUAAAGGAGGAGACGGGUGCGCGAGUGAAGGUGACAGAGGCCGUGGCGGACUGCGAUGAGCGCAUCGUGAUCAUUGAUGCCAUGGAGGCGCCAUUCUCCGGCCACUCGCCCACAGAGGAGGCGCUGUUCCGCGUGCAUGCAGCCAUCUCACAGCACCAUGUGGGCGACAGGGCAGCAGGCACAGCAGAGGAGAGCGGGAGAGACAGCCACGGGGUGACUGCGCGGCUGCUCGUUAGGAAGGGGCAGGUGGGGUGUGUGAUGGGCAAGGGCGGCAGCAUCAUCAGCGAGCUCAGGAGCACCAGCAGGGCGCGCAUCAACAUCCCCCCCAGGGAUCAGCUGCCCAAAUGCGCCGAUGAGAGCGAUGAAGUGCUCGUGGCAUCAGGCGCCUUAUGUGUCACUCGCCCCACUGUGUGUUUCCAUGUCUUCUUCUCCCUCCCCCCCCCCCCCGUCUUCUUUCACCAGGUAUCAGGCGAGCCACACUGUGUGUCACACGCGCUGCGCCUCAUCUGUGCGCGCAUCCGAGGCAGGGAAACCGCCGUUGCCUCUAAAGGCGCUGCUGCUGCCGAUGCUCGUGGUGGUGGUGCUGCUGCUGCUGGUGCUCGUGCUGGUGGGGCUGGUGGGGGUGGUUAUGCGGAGACAGGGAGGGGAGGGGGAGGGGGGUAUGGGUAUCCUGGGUCGAACAGUCGAGGGGAGGGGGCGUAUGGGUAUUCAACAGCACCAGCAGCAGCAGCGGCGCCAGCAGUGGUGGCCACUCUGUCUGCUGGGGGCCCUGAUGGCUCUGUUGGGUGGUCGUACGAGCCAAAGGUGGAACCGUCCUACCAUGACUCUGGCUACUCUGUUCCCAGGGGCUCUGGCUGGGAUGUGGCACCGGCAGCAGUGCAAGAGUAUGGCAGCUACUCACAUGCCUCUGCACCCGCGUCUGCCCACUUCUCCUCGCCUCCUCCCACUCACACUGCUGCUGCUGCCAGUGCUGGUGGUACUACUGGUGGCGGCAGUGCCAGUGCUGGUGCUGCUGGUGGGUCAGGGGGAGCGGCAGGAGGAGGAGUGAUGACAGCGCUGGUGACAGUACCUGCUGUGGCAGCAGGAGCGGUUAUCGGCAAAGGGGGAGCCAACAUCCAGCAGAUCAAAAGCAUCUCAGGGGCGCGCGUGCGCAUGUACGAGGGGAGGGAGGGCGAGAGCGAGCGGGUGGUGGAGGUGGUGGGGUCGGCGGACCAGGUGCAGGCGGCUCAGGCCAUCAUCCAUGCUUUUGUCAUCAAAGGCACCGCCGCUGCUGAGAGGCACGCGGAGAGGCGUGAUGCUUAUUGA